UUGCAGACGAAAAAUCACAGUUGCUGAGCCCGGCAGAAGAGUACGGACGGGAACCUCAGAGAGUCGAUUCUAAGCAAGUUAAAUUCUGUGCAUGAAUAUUAUCUUCCUUUGAUUAGUGCCAAUCGAGAUGUCUGUACUCAACGUUGUUAUCUUCUGUGUUCUCGUCGCUUGGAACUAUGCAGAUGCACAUGUCCAGGAAUCCAUAACUCUUCGAGUCUUCGACCGUUCGUUCAACCCCGGGGAUGUAAGCGUGUACCAAAGGUUGCUCGACGCGAACUUAGAGGGACGCGGUUUCAAUCGAGAGAUCGUUACCAAGACAGUGACAGAGAAAGACAAUUCCACCAUGCACCAAGUAGUGUUUCUCUUUCACAAGACCGUUGCUUGCAGACGUGCUGGAGAAGUUGAAAGAAAAAUCAAUGAAUACGUGGAAGGUCUACUCAGUGGAGAACUUGCAGAUCGACUAGCUAUCGAGUUAGAGAAGAGAAAGAUCAACCAACUACCCACGUGCAAGGUUGGGAUAGAAGUACACUUUCGAGUGGAUCCCAGGACACUCUUCAGAGGACGCAGAGCACGUCGUGGGGUGGAUCAACCUCGGGAGAGGAAACAAGACAACCAUGUCUGCAUUGGAGUUUGCAUCCAUAUCGUCGCCGAGAAAUAGCUUUAUUGAUGUGAAAUUCAUGAUUUAUUGUUAUGGUUAAAUUCUGUUUUUAUCUUAUUACAAUCUGUUUGGGCAAAUUAAAAGAAUAGAGCAAGGCAAA